AUGGACAGCAGCACAAGCGACGAGCGACACAGCAAAAGGUUUAAGUCGAGUUCCCUUAGUAAUAUCUGUAUCAUUUGUGGUUCAGAUCGUAAAACCAUUAAGCAAAAGAAAGUACACAAAUUAUUGAGAGUUUGUGAAAAGCCGAUAGCCCAAAAAUUACUCAACGCUGCCAAGUUUUUUAAAGAUCGUGUUUAUACAGACACAGCGGCAAUGCAUGAACCGGAAGAUGUUUUUGCGGCUGAUCUCUACUAUCACAGCUACUGUUGUAAAGAUUAUUUCAACAAAUAUAACGCUGAUAUAGAAGAAAUAUUAAAAAGCCUUGAAGAAGAAAAUUCCACAACCGCUGGAGACGAGUCAUUCAAGGAGCAGUUUUUAGCGCUGGGACUUGAUUUUACAACCACUGCAUGCAGCCUAACUUCUAUCCGAGAGUGA